UUGCACUGCCAGCGAUCAGCUCGGGCAUCUUUGGUUUCCCUGUUGACCUCUGUGCUGAGACCAUAGCCCAGGCAGUUCGGGAGCACUGUGACAGCCCACAAGGUCUGAGAUCAUUAACUGAGAUUCACCUGGUGGACAACAACGAUAGCACCAUCAGAGUCAUGGCUACAGCUGUGAGCAAGGAGUUCUCAGACCUCGGACCUACCAUGACCAUCCCACAGCAAGCAGGCGGGAAACGAACAGGAGCUUCAGGUGGACAUAAGCGGGGUCGAGGCAGAGGCAGAGGUCAGAACCAAUCACAUGAUGCCAGCUGGUGUAAUGAAAAACGAGAAGAAGGAAGAGGCGGUGGAAGAGGCGGUGGAAGAGGAGGUGGAAGGGGAGGAAAUCAUCACGGUAACAGGGGAGGCCAGAGCCCCAAGCAGCAAAUCAGCCAUAGAGAGCAUGGAGGGUUGGAGCAGACCACAGCUGAGGGGCUGAAGAUCAUUUUAUGUAAGGGAAGCAUUCAGGACCAGACU